CUUACGACAGGAUCUCUGCGCUUUACUCUAGUACCAGCCAUGUUGGGGGUAUUGGUGAGCGUGGUGACGUCAGUCCUCGCAUACGUCCUGCUGCUUCUUCUAGUAGUCUGGUGCUGGUUCCAGUGGACCAAAUGGGACUUUCUACAAGUUGCCAGGAGGAUGCCAUCUACAGUUAAAGUAUUUCCAAUCAUUGGGAGCUUACAUUUGAUGCUCGGAGGCAAUGAAGGUUUCACGAGAUCAGCAAUUAUCAACAUGUCAAAAGCAGCUGUAAGCACAGGCCUCUAUAACGUGUGUGUCUGGCUUGGCCCUCUACCUGUAUUGCUCUUUCAUAAAGUUGAAGAUGUUCAGAAAAUAUUAACUACGUCUGCUGCAUUUGAGAAAGCGUCUGAAUUGGACUAUUUUAAAUAUGCAGCCGGGAAUGGUCUAUUGACUGCUCCAGGUCACAUUUGGAAGAUCACCAGACGCCACAUUAGCCCUCUAUUUCACUCUCGCAACGUAGAGCAGAUGAUGUCAGUGUUUAACAGCAACAGUAAGGAGAUGGUGUCUCAUAUAGAGGAGCAUCCGAACGGUGAACCUCUCGAUGUAUUGCACCCCUCAAUGAGUGUCUCUCUGAAAACUGUCUGUCAACUGAUUUUCGGGACCGAGUUGGAUUUUGAUACCAGAUCCAAGGAAUUUCAAGGCUUGAUCAAAGUAGUAGAAAAGAUUCCCGACUAUUUCUCCCAGAGAAUGAUCAAGCCUUGGCUGAGGGUCGACCCCAUUUUUGAGUUUCUAUACAGAAAAGAGCUGAAAGAAAUGGACAAAUUAUGGACACAAUUUACAGAAGCUCCACUCAAGGUUGCAAACACCAACCAUGCAAACAAAAACAAAUCAACGGAAAACGAGAACGAGGAGAGUGAACAUGAAGGUCCUUUAAAUCUGAUUGAUGUAUACAGAGAGCUUCAAAAGAAAUAUCCUCAGUUUACAGAAAGUGAUUUGAAAGGUGAAAUGGUAACUUUGUAUUGUACGGGUACGGACACUAUUAGUCUGACUGUGUCUUCUUGCUUAAUGGUUCUCGGUAAACUACAAGACAUCCAGGAGCGGGUGUACGAGGAGAUCACUGAGGUAGUGGGUCAGGACGAUGACGUCACGACAGAUCACAUCAGCAAGAUGCAGUAUCUGGACCAGGUGUACAAGGAGACGUUGAGGUGGGCGAUCAUAGUGCCUUACGUCAGCAGGAGAACUACAGAGGAUCUGAAACUGAGCACAUGCACCGUCCCAGCGGGUAACUCUGUGGUCGCUUGUCUUGUUGGGCCUCACAUGGACCCCAACAUCUACCCUGAUCCCGACAAAUUUGACCCGGAACACUUCUCUCCUGAAAACCCCGCCUCCAGAAACAAACACGCCUUUAUUCCAUUCAGCACAGGAAGCAGAAUGUGCAUUGGCAAAACCUACACUGAAAACCUAGUCAAGACGAUGCUAGUUCAGGUCCUCAGAAAAUUAAAGGUAUCCACGGACCUUGACAUUUAUAAUCUCAAGAAGAAGUACGUAGUCACUCUAGUCAGCAGUGAAGGCUACCCUAUCAAGUUUUCACAAAGAACGUGACAUUAAAACCCGUAGCUUUAAAUUGUCUUGUGAUAUUACUUUCUUUAUUAAAGUCUUGUUAUAAGGUG